CUUUCCUUUUCCUUCUCUCUCUCUCUCCCUCUCUUCUACUUCUCGCGCCCUGCCUUGUUCCCAGCUGAAAGUCACAUCUAUCUCCCCUCUACAACACCCCCCGGGACCCAUUCGCUCACUUACAUCUCCUUCUGGUUAUGGUUACGGGCCACUCGGGCCUCACUUAGCCUUCCGGUCCCUCAUUAUUUCAUUUGCUUCAUACCUCUGUAAGGCCUCGGUCCUCGUUUGCAGGCCGCCUGGGUUCGCGCGCCUGGCCCUGCGCCCACCCCCGUUGUUGGCACUUCGACCACUUAUCCCGGUGAGACAUUUCUCGAUUCCUCAUCUACAAACCAUGAGCUCUUCCGAGGAUGACACCCCGCUUGCGAAGGAGAAUGGCAAGUCCAUUGACGCCGCGCUUUCUGAGAAGAUGAUCGCCAAGUCAACUGAUCGUAUGAUGGGUGACGCUGCAGAGACCAACGGUCAUACCGAACCUGGGGUCUCGGUCAGGUUCGGUCCGGUUCAGGAUGGGGACGUUGAAAUGGCAGAUGCAGGAGCGGACGUCAAUGGCCGCACGCUCAGCAAGAGGAAGUCUCGAGCAAGCGUCGAUAAGCCCGUUUCAUAUGCGGAGCCUCAGAGCAGCGAAGAUGACGAGCCCUUGAGUAAGAAGCGUCGCACUUCUACCAAGGCGCACAAGGAUCCCGAAACGGAUGAGGAUGUCCCAUUGGCAGCAAAUGGAAGGAAGCUUCCCAAGGCGUCUGAGACUGCUAUCGGGGACGAGUCCGAUUCUGACGUUCCCAUUGGGAAGAAGCUUGCCAACGAGAAAGCCAAGAUAGAAAAGGAAGCGGAGAAAGAAGCCAAAGCUAUCCGGAAAGACGAAGCUGCGGCUGCCAAGAAAGCCAAUGCAAAGACCGCGAAAGCCACGAAGCCUGCAACGAAUGGCAAGAAACAGGCGAACGGAAUUAAGAAGGAAGCUAGCGACGAUGAGCCCCUGUCUCGCAAAGCUCCUGCCAAGAAGACCUCGAAGGCAGUUAAAACCGAGCCGAAAUCUGAGCCUUCCACUCCCGUGAAGAAAGGUAAGGGCAAGGCGACGCCUGUCAAGGAUGAGACCGAAGAACCCGAGGGCGAUGAGGAAGAAGAAUACCGGUGGUGGGAGGAUCCAACAAAGAGUGACGGUACUAUCAAAUGGACGACUCUAGAACACAACGGUGUCGUCUUUCCCCCGCCUUAUCAGCCGCUGCCCGAGAACGUCAAGAUGAAAUAUGACGGAAUUCCGAUCACCUUGCACCCUGAUGCCGAAGAAGUUGCUGGUUUCUUCGGUGGCAUGCUGAAUUCGACUCACAAUGUCGAGAAUCCUACUUUCCAGAAGAACUUUUUCAUGGAUUUCCAAGACAUCCUCAAGAAGACCGGAGGUGCGAAGGAUCCUAAAGGGAAUCCUGUUCAAAUCAAGGAAUUCUCGAAAUGCGAUUUCCGACCGAUCUUCGAGUACUACGAAGCCCAGCGGGCUGCCAAGAAGGCCCUUCCAGCGGCCGAGAAGAAGCGUCUGAAAGCCCAGAAAGAAGAAGAGGAAGCUCCUUACCAAUACUGUUUGUGGGAUGGACGUAAGCAGAAGGUUGGAAACUUCCGCGUUGAACCUCCAUCUCUCUUCCGUGGUCGUGGUGAGCACCCUAAGACCGGAAGGGUGAAGACCAGAGUCCAGCCUGAGCAGAUCACGAUCAACAUCGGCAAGGAUGCACCGGUCCCUCCACCUCCUGAAGGCCAUCGGUGGAAGGAAGUGAAGCAUGACCAAGAAGGUACCUGGCUUGCCAUGUGGCAGGAAAAUAUCAAUGGCAACUAUAAAUAUGUCAUGCUUGCGGCCAACUCCGAUAUUAAAGGCCAGAGUGACUAUAAAAAGUUUGAAAAGGCUCGAGAGCUGAAGAAGCACAUUGACCGUAUCCGCAAGGAUUACCAGAAAAAUCUCAAGCACGAGUUGAUGGCGGAGCGGCAGAAGGCCACCGCAGUAUAUCUCAUUGACCAGUUCGCGCUCCGUGCUGGUAACGAGAAAGGUGAAGACGAGGCUGAGACUGUGGGCUGCUGCUCGCUGAAAUACGAGAAUGUCACUCUGAAGCCGCCAAACAAGGUCGUCUUUGACUUCCUUGGUAAAGAUAGUAUUCGGUUUUACGACGAGGUGGAAGUAGACGCGCAGGUGUUCAAGAAUCUGAAGAUUUUCAAGAAGCCACCGAAGAAGGAAGGUGAUGAGAUCUUCGAUCGCUUGACGACAACCGCAUUGAACAAGCAUCUGUCGAAUUACAUGCAGGGCUUGACAGCCAAGGUCUUCCGUACUUACAACGCCUCUUACACGAUGGCCCGACUGCUCAAGGAGAUGAACCCACAAGGUUCUAUUCAUGAGAAGGUCAAAGCGUACAAUGAUGCGAAUCGUAAGGUGGCCAUUCUUUGUAACCACAAACGUACUGUCGCUGCUGGACAUGCUGGCCAGAUGGAGAAAUUGUCAGAUAGGAUCAAGGGACUGCGUUACCAGAAAUGGCGCAUCAAGCAGAUGAUGCUCAGCCUUGAGCCUACGUUGAAGAAGAAGAAGGGCGCCAAAUAUUUCGAACUAGAUGAGGAUCUUGAUCAAGAAUGGGUCAAAGAACACCAGGCCUUCCUUGUUGAGGAACAACGCCAGAAGAUCAAGAAGAAAUUCGAAAAGGACAAUGAGAAGCUGGCCGCAGAAGGCGAGAAAGAGAUGAAACCUAAGGAACUUGAAGAGAGGCUAAAGGCUGCCGAUGACCUGGCGAAAAAGUUCGCUAAGGAAAAUAAGACCGGCAAAGUCGAACCGGAGGGCAAAGGCCCGACUGUCGAGAAGUUCGAGAAUAAUCUCGCGAAGCUUGACCAACGUAUUGAGGCCAUGUCAUUGCAAGCUGAAGACAAGGAGAGCAACAAAGAAGUUGCCCUUGGUACUUCAAAGAUCAACUACAUUGAUCCGCGUCUGACUGUGGUGUUCUCGAAGAAAUUCAAUGUCCCCAUUGAGAAGUUCUUCUCUAAGACCCUGCGUGAGAAGUUCGACUGGGCUAUAAAGUCUGUAGAUGAGGACUGGGAAUUCUAAUUCCCUUCUCUAAAGAUCAUUUGUGAUGUGGCGCGCGGUGAAGUCAUUCAUGGUUUGGGGGGUUUGGGGGUCGUUUUUUACCUGUGCUUAUAUAGCGUUCUGUGCAUUCGGUUACUUUCUCACCCAUGUCUUCCUAUUGGCAUCUCAUCAAUCUCAAAUUAGACGGAUGUGGCGGCUCUUUGGAUAGUGGACCCCACCGUCACUUCUAGAGAGCCAUGUGUAUUUGCAGAUCCCUUUUGACCCCGGUGGCUUGUCUUGUGAAACCUCCACAAGCCUUUUUUUAUAUCUUUCGUUCCUAUCCUUCCUAGUUGAUUAUUUCUACGCACCAACUAACCUCAGAAAAAAGUGCCUGUUCUACCUUCAGUCGAUUUGUCAGCUUGUAUUAUGGGCGCGAAUGUCGUGCUGGGAACUGGCUUCUGCUUAUGCAUGUGUGCUAAAAACUCGAGAAUAAAAUCAAAAACGAAUCGAAUCCGAAG